CGAUCACCCAAAACAUCACCGCUAAAGAUUUUGAACUCGUCAGAAACGCUUUGAUUGAUUCGCUUUGAUCCCUCCAGAAUUGAUUGUGGUUUUAGAUCAAUUUGGUGGAGAGAGAGAGAUCCAAUGGCAGGAGCAGGUGGAUUUGUUGAGGCUGAUAAUGCAGAGGCAAUCAUCGCUAGGAUCGAAACCAAAUCUAGCAAGAUCGAAAGCUUACUCAAACAGUACAAGCCCGUUGAAGCUCUGAAAACGGCUCUUGAAGGUUCACCUCCUAAAACUCUCGAUGAGCGUUGCAAGUCGGCUAAUUGGAUAGUUGUGCACAGAGCUUUAAUGGCGAUAAAGGAUAUUGAAGGAAUGCUGAAUGCUCUUGACGUUGAGUAUUACGACAUUCUCAUGAAGUACUUGUACAGAGGCCUUUCCACUGGGGACCGACCUACAUGCGAUCAGUGUUUGAAGAUUCACGAGAAACUCACUGAGAGAGCUGGUCUCGGUUGCAUUCUCCGUUGUCUUACUGAUACUAUCAACACCGUUUGAUCAUUGUAUUAUUGCCACCAUUGUAUUACUUUAAAAAGACUUGAGUUUUUGGUUGAUCAUA